GGUUAACGGCAGCCCGGGCGCAUUUGCUGACUGUGCGCCUGCGCGAGCUGUGGGACGCUAACCGAAAUCUGCGGGUCUGCGGUAAGUUUGGUGGCAGGAGUCUCUGCGGCUGGCUGACCCUGGUGGGACCGGAGGGGGCCUGAUGGAAGAAACUUGUCAGUGAUUGUGCUUCAUAUUGGAGGUAGAAUCUGGAGUCAAGAUUUUCUCACUUUAAGCAAUUCUGAUGACAGAAAGAAGAAGGUCCUACAGCAUAGGGGAAGCAAUGGAGGAACUUAUGGGACCUGAUGGACAAAAACGGGCCAAUAUGGAUCCAGAAGAACGAAUGUUAGCAGCUGCUUCAGCUUUUACCCGUAUGUGUGCAGAGCAGGGUGAGGGAGAUGUGAGGAGAGAAGCCCAGGCAAUCCAAUAUGAUCCCUACAGUAAAGCUUCAGUAACCCCAGGAAGGAGACCUGCUCUUCCUGUGCAGCUGCAUUACCCACAUGUAGAAAGCAGUGCCCCUUCAGAAGCAGUCUCAGAGGCCUCCCAAAGAUUCCGAAAGCCGGUGAUGAAGAGAAAGGUACUACGUAGAAAGCCAGGUGGGGAAGUUUUAGUGACGGAUGAGUCGAUUAUCAGUGAAUCAGAAUUUGGUACAGAAAGUGACAUGAAUGUCUGGGACUUAAGACAAAGGCUGAUGAAUCUGCAGUUCCAGGAAGACAGGGAAUCCUCAGUUGAUAUUUCACAAAAAUUUAGUCUACCCCAUGAAUACCAAGGAGUUUCUCAAGAUCAGCUCGUUUGCUAUCUACAAAGAGAAGAAAUGGGACCUCAAGCUUAUGAACAAGACCUGAUUGUUGCCAGCCGACCCAAGUCCUUUAUUCUCCCAAGGCUGGACCAGUUAAGCCGAAACCGUGGCAAGAUAGACCGGGUAGCCCGAUAUUUUGAAUAUAAACGAGACUGGGACUCAAUGAGGUUACCUGGUGAAGAUCAUAGGAAGGAAUUACGCUGGGGUGUCCGAGAACAGAUGCUUUGUCGGGCAGAACCCCAACCCAAGCCUCAGCACAUAUAUGUUCCAAACAAUUACCUAGUACCAACUGAGAAGAAACGAUCUGCCCUUCGUUGGGGUGUUCGUUGUGACCUUGCAAAUGGUGUAAUGCCCAAGAAGCUUCCCUUCCCUCUUUCUCCUUCUUAGGUCUUUUAUUUAUUUUUUUAAACCUGUCUCUCCUUUCACAGGAUUGUUUGCAAUUACUUAAAUAGAAAGAUCUAACUUGAAAGCCCAUGGAACAUUAUAGAUUAAGGAUUUCACCCAUCACUGGUCUUUCCUAGGUAUGUAUCACAUUGGUAUCAGAAACCACUUAACUUCCAGAUUACCACUCAAGUCCAGCAAUUACAAGAGGAAUCAUGCCAGAAAAAGAAAGAGAGACCUGGUCUUUCUGUUUUGUCGGAUUAGUAAGCAAAGCCAGCACUGUUUCUGUUUCAUAAUCUUGUUACCUUUGGCCAAUGUGAGUUGCUGUUUUUUAAACAUGUUUUUAAAGUUGCUGGGCAGUAAGCUUAUCUAUUAAAGAAUUUUGGGAAUUUGUGAACUUGACCUUAUUUUUACUUAAAUACUUCCCAAAGUAAGAUGAUCUCAAACCUAGGUUAUGAUUCUGCUUCGAAUCAUACUUGCUAUCAAACUCUCACCACCUAAAUAAAGAGAGCCUAAAGGAAAGAACAAAAACCUGCCCUCUUACACACAAAGUGAGGAAUGUAACGGCACAAAUAACCUUCAUUGCUAAAGGAAUAUAGUAAAUCCAGCUGUGUUAAAUGAUUUUUGAUAGAUGAUCAAAAGAUUCUAACCCAGGUUUUCUCUCAUGAUUAUUUAAAUAAUAUAUUCCCCUCCAUUUGUUACUUCUAGAAUACCAUACUUUUUAUAACUUGCCCCUGAGAUUUUCUUAGAAACCAUGUCUGUCACUUUAAGGCUGUUCUCACUCUGUGACAGAACUUCAAACUCCUAACAGCUGGAACCAGAUGCAGACAUAAUAACCAAAAUGAAUCUGGCCUAUUCAUUACAAACAGAUCCAAGUUAAGGUGAACAGAAUUAGUGAGAUAGGAUCUGUUCUUUUUUUGUUGUCUUUUUAGGGCCGCACCCAAGGCAUAUGGAGGUUGCCAGGCUAGAGGUUGAAUCAGAGCUACAACCGCUGGCCUACGCCACAGCUCACAGCAAUGCCGGAUCCUUAACCUGCUGCUCCAGGUCAGGGAUCAAACCUGGGUCCUCAUGGAUAGUAGUCAGACUCGUUUCUACUGAGCCACAAUGGGACUCCUCUGCCUUGUUCUUGACGCUUCUAGUCCAAUGAGGAACACCUAAAAUCUGGAGAUUGUCAGUUUUAGCACUUAAGCCAGAAGAGUGACAGCAGGCAUAGUGGGUUAUUCAAAGAAAAAAAAGCUGUGUAACAAAAAUGAAUGACCUUAACCAUCUAAUAAAAUACAUUUUCUCUGUAA